CACACCCGUGUGAGGGGGAGCGGGGCGCUUCAUGCCGGCGUGUCUCGCCCCCAGUUCCUCGGGGCGUACAUUCUGAGUCUUACCUGACCUGUUAAUAAGUAUUUCCUGUGAACAUCCAUGGAAAAGGAUUUGACAACUACAUUCUAGAGAAAUUUGUAUAGUUUGUUACAUGGAGAAAUGCUGAAAUUUCAAGAAACUGCAAAGCCUGUCACUGUGGCCAGAUGUAAUUCUGCUGGCUCAGGUGCUAUGAUUGCAAGAAGAUAUGCUGUUCAGAGGAAACUUGGCAAUGGAAGCUUUGGAAAUGUGUAUCUGGUUUCUGAUAGAAAAGCAAAACAAGGAGAAGAACUAAAGGUUCUAAAGGAAAUCUCUAUAGGAGAAUUAAAGCCUAAUGAAACAGUUGAAGCAAAUCUGGAAGCACAACUGCUCUCCAAAUUAAACCAUCCAUCCAUUGUCAAAUUUUAUGCAAGCUUUGUGGAGCGAGAUAGUUUCUGCAUUAUCACUGAGUACUGUGAGGGUGGAGAUCUAGACUUUAAAAUUCAAGAGUACAAGGAAUCUGGGAAGAUCUUCACUCAAAGACAAAUAAUAGACUGGUUUAUACAGUUGUUACUUGGAGUCAACUAUAUGCACAGAAGACGGAUACUUCACAGAGAUUUGAAAGCCAAGAAUAUAUUUUUGAAAAAUAAUCUUCUUAAAAUUGGGGACUUUGGAGUUUCUCGUCUUUUGAUGGGUUCAUGUGAUCUGGCAACUACGUUCACCGGGACACCAUACUACAUGAGUCCAGAAACACUGAAGCACCAGGGAUAUAACACAAAAUCUGACAUUUGGUCUCUGGGAUGCAUUUUAUAUGAGAUGUGCUGCAUGAACCAUGCAUUUACUGGACACAACUUUUUGUCUGUUGUGCUAAAAAUUGUAGAAGGUGAUACACCUUCUCUCCCUGAUAGAUAUCCAAGCAAGCUGAAUGCUGUGCUGUGCAGCAUGUUAAAUAAGAAUCCUUCAUUGAGACCAGCAGCUGCAGAGAUCCUAAAAAUCCCUUAUAUUGAUGAACAACUGAAGACUAUACAGUCCAAGUUCACAAACAUGACUGUGAAAGACAAGGCAUCUAACUGGCAGAAAGAAGCUGCUCCUGUUUUUGAUGCUAGGCAGAGGAAAGUUGAUUUGCAAACUCUACAGGAACAGUCUGAAGUGCAGAAAAUGACACCACGGGAACAAAUGAGGCUGAGGAAGUUAAAUGCUGCAGAACAGAAAGCAGAGAAGUUGAAACAGCUGGCAGAAGAAAAAUAUCAAGAAAAUAUCAAAAGAAUGCAAGAAUUCAGAUCCCAUAAUUCCCAGCAGCCAAGUGUCAAUGUCCUGUGUGAAUCUGACGUGCAGACAUCACAACCACUAAUUCAUUCUCAGCCAGUCACUACAUGCAGCUGCGUGUCCACAGAACAGGAUGAACCAAGUGGAAGUGAGACAAGUCAGCUUUGCAUGCCUGAACUUACAGACCAUGACAUUCCAGAAGACCCAGAAAUUGCAGAAGAAUAUUAUAAUGACGAGUUUGAAUCCUGUUCAGAAGGCAGUGAAGAGGAGGAAGAGGAUGCAGAAGCAUCACAGACUGUCUCUAGAAUGAAUCACCAGGACAGUGAUAUCGAGGCAAUGAUCAAUUAUUUGGAGAACGCCCUGAAUAAUAGCUCACUGGGUUCGAGGACUAUCACUGAAGCAACUCCAGGGGUGCCCCAGGGAUUCAGACCUCUCAACAGCACAAUGGCUGAGACCAAACUGAAACACAUGAGGGAAUCUGCCAUUGGGAAGCUGGGAGCAGAGGUGUUUGAGGCUGUGUACAGCUCUCUCAAGCAAGCGAGGCAGCUGAAUGCCAGUGAGGAGGAGCUCAGGAGACAGCUGGAGAAAUUGGUUUCCAGGGCAAGCGAUUGCUUCGAAGUGGAUCAGCUGCUUUACUUCGAGGAGCAGCUACAGGCCUCAGAAUCACGCCUUCAGCUGUAAAAGGUGUGUCAGUUACAGGCUGGAAAUGACAAGGGGGAGUGAAGGUGCUGAGCUGCCUUAAUGCCAGAAAGCAAGUACUGGAGGUGUUUCAAGGGAACUGCUGAAGGUAGUGUAGUAGAUAAGCAUGUGAAUAAGCUGCAUUUGAGAAUCCAGACUGCAGUGAGAAGUGGGCAAGUAUGGUACAGAUUACUGAGGUGGGAAGAAAUGUUUGUGACAGUGGAAGGGAGGAUUCACCCUUACCAGAGUACCUGUUUUUACCACUUAAGGUACAAAGGUGUUCUCCUGGGCCUUGGCCAGGCAUCAGUCCUGCACUCAGAGCAUCUCUGGCAAAAUUGCCUCUGAUGGAAAUGGUGCAGGAUUGGACUCCAGCUGCUGUUGAUUCCUGUGCUAACUGGCCCUCAUGACAUUUAAGCCCACACAGUUUGUACUUUGGCAGAUUUACCUUGGACAUACCUGUAUACAUACAGCUACUCAGCCACUAAUUGUCUUGUUAUUAUUCGUUGUUCAAAAGAACUGCAUUUAAUCUGUGUGGUUUUCAAAGUAACUGUGAUAAUACAUGCUUAUGUGUACAUUUAUAUACGUUUAUGGGAGCUCACAGAGAGAGGUAGGUUUGUACCUCCACAGAGGCAAAGGUGUCUGGCCAUACACCGUAUGAGGGUGUGUGUACAGACAGAGACAUGAGGCCUGAACUGUAGCUGACUAUGUUAGAUGAGAGUCCUUUCUGUGACUUCUGGGGGUUUGGGAUCAAAUUCAUUAUACACAGAUGGAACAA